AUGGCUCCCUCUGCAGACGUACACCCACCGACGAGUGUCAUCGACACGCUCAAGCAGACCGUCUCGCACGUCGAGAACGUACUCCCCACUUCGCUCAUGCCCGUCCAGCAUCCCUCGUCGACUCCCGCCGAAAUUGCGCAGGCCUUCUGCGACUCGAUACAGGCUGCUUGCACUGCUCGCGAUGCAGACGGCAUCAUCCGCCACUUUACCAACGACGGAUGGUGGAGGGACAUCCUGACCGUCGACUUCGACUUCAACUCUAUCCGCAAGGACGAGAUCAAGGGCCACCUCAGCAAGUACGGCAUCCCCGAGAUCUCGAGCCUCAGGGUCGUCAAGCCUCACGACGCCCGCAUCAACGAUGGAGCUGGUUGGCUUGAGGCGUUUACAACUUACCAGACGCCCGAGGCGCGCGGCAAGGGUUUUUUGCGUCUCAAGGAGUCGUCACCUGGCGCAGGCGACUGGAAGGCCUUCACGUUCUUCACCACGCUCUGGGAGGUCAAGGGCCACGAGGAGUUCGCUGGCGCUCGUCGUCCGCUCGGCGCGGAACACGGCGAGCACUCGUCGUCGGAGAAUUGGCUCGACAAGCGCAUCAAGCAGCAGAAGUUUGAGGACGAAGACCCGACUGUCCUCGUCCUCGGCGCCGGGCAGAACGGCUUGAACAUCGCUGCGCGCCUUGGAGCUUUGGGCAUCAAAACACUGGUCGUCGAAAAGAACGCUCGUGUCGGAGACUCGUGGCGUCGUCGCUACCACACACUCUGCCUCCACGACCCCAUCUUUGCCGACCACCUCGCCUACAUGCGCUUCCCCGAGACCUACCCCGUCUACAUCCCCAAGGACAUGAUCGCCAACUUCUUCGAGCACUAUGCCGACAUCAUGCAGCUAAACGUCUGGCUCCAGUCGACCAUCGAGCGCAACCCGGUCUUCGACCCGCAAACCAAGAAGUGGACCGUCCGCGUCCACCGCGAAGGCCAAGACGACCGCGUCCUGAAUGUCUCGCACAUCGUCCUCGCGACUGGCUUCUCCGGCGAACCUCGCAAGCCGACUUUCCCGAUUGACGAGUUCAAGGGUAUCGUGCACCAUUCGGCGGUUCACCCUGGUGCGCACGGGCAGGGCUGGGAGGGCAAGAAGGCUGUUGUUAUCGGCUGCUGCAACAGUGGACACGACAUCGCCGCCGACGCCUACGAGCACGGCUUGGACACCACUAUCGUGCAACGCAGCUCAACAUACGUCAUGUCCUCGGAACACGGGAUCCCCGGCUUGCUCAACGGCGUCUAUGAGGAGAACGGCCCGCCUCUCGACGACGCAGACAUGAUGCUAGCGUCCCUCCCUAUCGAUUUGCUGGCCGAAUUCCACACCGAGGCGACGAAACAGAUCGCGAUCAAGGACAAACCCCUCCUCGACGGCCUCGAGAAGGCCGGCUUUAAGCUCAAUCAUUAUCCUGCAGGGUUGUUCUGUAAAUAUUACCGUGACGGCGGCGGCUACUACAUCGAUGUCGGAUGCUCCCGGUUGAUUGCGGACGGCAAAAUCAAGGUCAAGCAGGGUGUGGAGGUCGAAAGGCUCACCAAGGAUGGCGUUCUCUUCAAGGACGGCGUUGAGCUUAAGGCAGACAUUGUCGUGCUUGCGCUAGGUUACACUUCGCAGCGCGACACGGUCAGGCGGAUCGUCGGUGACGACGUUGCGGACAGGUUAGGCGGUCUCUGGGGCCAAGAUGCGCAGGGAGAGAUCCCCGGAGUGUGGCGGUACUCGGGCGUCCAGCGCUUCUGGUUGCAGAGCGGUAACUUGGCACAAGCCCGUAUCUUCUCCAAGCACCUCGCCCUCCAGAUCCAGAUGAUCGAGCUCGGCCUGCGCGAGCAGCAAGACGGCGCUGUCUCGUACAAGCACAUCCACGACCCUCGUUUCUAG